AUGAUGCACCGGAGAUACAUACAAGAAACUAAAGUAAGAGUCUUGGACGAGGGGAAGAAGAAGGUUGUUCUCGUGGGGUCGCCCUACGUGUCGGGGGUUGAGAUCGCUUCUCGACGAGUGGCAGGAGAGUUCAUCUUCCAGUUCACUCAGUUCCUUGACCACCAGACUCGCCACCAAAUCCUUGACGAGCUUCUUCCUCGCAAGAUGUGGGAGGAGGUGCUGGAGAGCCGACCCUUCACUCGUCAGAGCUUCCCGAGCGACUUCAUGGUUGUCAAGGUGCUUCGCGAUGGCCUCCAGGUGGAUCAGCUCAAGCAUCCUCGUCUGAAGCGCAUCGUCCCUGAGCGGCGAUAUCGCAUCCUCACCCCCCACGACGCGUCGCUGCCUGCCAGUGCCGUCCGAGAGGCCGAGACGCGAGCGAGGCUGCCAGCUCCCAGCAGCUCAAGGCGCAUUUUAAGUAUAGCAGAGAAGUAUGACGCAAAGCAGAUCUGGGCGAAGGGCUUCAG